GACAGUUUCUUUGGAACUUAGUGUACAGAUGCUUACACUGUAUUCUUCAAUUCAAGUUCUAUGAUACUGAAAAUAGUUUAUUAUUGUGCCAAAGAAUAAACAUUUCAUUAUCUUUUACCCUUCAUCUUUCAAUAGCUUACCCUUAGAAAUGGUCUUUGGACUCUUAGAGCAAGUUCACCCGUAAUCAAGAAAAGGCAAAGUCGAGAAGUCAAGAAUUCGACCGGUCAAGUUACUAUUCACUGCCACUGGACAUGGGUUUACACCCAUUAUUUUUCUUGCCCGGUCAACACUAUUCACUUUUCACUGUUCACGCAAUUCACUGUUCAUAAGUGGGUUUUACUGUUUAAAUUCACUGUUUAUUCCACCUGUUCACUGGCUUCUUUGCUCUUUUUUACUGUUCAUUAAAAUACUUUUGCAGAAACCACAUAGCCUUCACCACCAAACACACACUCCCCCAAAACCCUCUCCCAUACUCCCACGCACUCACUCUGUACGGUCCAAUCCACACUAUUCCAUAUCUUCAAUCCAAUCCCAUCUCUCCUUCUAUCUUCCUCCACUUCAUUUCACUUCCUCUGUAAACAUAUUAUCUCUUUAAUGGAGGUUUCGACAACGUCAAGGCAGAGAAAGCCAGCGCCAUGGGGAGGUACAACCGUCUCCGCACCAUCGUCAGGCUUUUCCGCCUCGCCGAGCUCUGCGUCGUCGCCAUCUUGCUCUCAUGGACCUUCACAUCGCCAGGACAGAUUUUUCUGCUUUUCUUCACUUUCACCCCUGAAACUCUCUCUUCUCUCUCCUCAGCCGAGCUGGCAGCCCUCACCCCCAGUCAAGAAUUUAGUCAUUUGCUUGCCCGUUUCUUUGGCCUUGGUCAUGAAAAGGCAAGGCUUGCCUGGUCAAAGAUGGACCGGUGGAAGCAACAAAAUGACUUUGGCCGGUCAACACAUCAUCAUUCCCCCAAUUUGCCCGGGCAAAGUGCAACCGCUGCACUUGCUCUUAGUCACAUUGAUCAAAGUAUCUUGCAGGAACUCAAUCACCUUGCAGGAGUGGAUGAGACCUGCAACUUUGUCAAGGCAGACUUUAUGAACAUGCCAUUUCCUGAUAACACUUUUGAUGCAAUAUUUGCAAUAGAAGCCACAUGCCAUGCACCAAAUGUGUUUGAUUGCUACAAAGAAAUAUAUAGAGUGUUGAAGCCAGGACAGUGUUUUGCUGCUUACGAGUGGUGCAUUACUGACUCCUUUGAUCGAACAAACCAUGAACACCAGAGAAUUAAGGGGGAAGUUGAGCUUGGCAAUGGACUUCCUGAUAUCAGAUCAAAAGAACAACGUAUUCACGCUCUAAAUGUUGCAGGUUUUGAGGUUAUAUGGGAAAAUGAUGUUUCUGUGGGUUCACCGCUUCCUUGGUAUAUGCCACUAGAUAAAAGUCACAUUUCAUUGAGUAGCUUCCGGCUUACAGCUUUGGGGCGUUUCAUUACUAGAACAAUGGUCAAAGCCUUAGAGUUUUUACGCCUUGCCCCUGAGGGUAGCCAAAGAUUUCAGUCUUUCCUAGAGACAACAGCAGAAGCUCUUGUUGAAGGUGGAAGGAAAGGGAUCUUCACACCAAUGUACUUCUUCUUGGUUCGAAAGCCUGAUGCAUAAGCUCCAAACUUGUAAGUUCUGAGGCUUAUAACAUUGUAAUGGCUACUAUUGCAUAACCAGUGUUGGGAAAGAAGGGCCGCCUUAAU